AACUAUUAAUUCUAACCCCCUAAACUUUGUUUGUAAUCAAGUAAAUACGCUAAGUACUUGUUUAAAAAUUAUUGAAUUCUUCAAUAAUGAAAUAAUUAUAUUAUUUAUUAUAAAUCAGGUGAUAAAUAAGCAAGUUUUGUAAUUUUUAAAAAUGGCGGAUGUAUUGGAUAUUGAUAAUGCUGAAGAGUUUGAAGUUGAUGACGAAGGAGAUCAGGGUAUCGCCAGAUUGAAGGAAAAAGCAAAGAAGAGGAAAGGUCGUGGACAUGGAGCCGAGUUAGCUUCUACUCGUGAUGAAGUUGGUCAUUAUGAAUCUAUGAAUGUCGUGGAGGAUGACAAUGAACCUGGUCCUCAACGAUCUGUAGAAGGUUGGAUUUUAUUCAUAAAUUCAGUCCACGAAGAGGCUCAGGAAGAUGACAUCCAAGACAAAUUUUCGGAGUACGGUCAAAUAAAGAAUUUGCAUUUGAAUCUCGACCGCAGAACUGGGUUCCUCAAAGGCUACGCUUUAGUCGAGUACGAGACGUUCAAGGAAGCCCAAGCUGCGAAAGAAGCUCUAAACGGCACUGAGAUCCUAGGACAAGCUAUUUCAGUUGACUGGUGCUUCGUUAAGGGUCCCAAAAAAGUCAAGAAGAGGAGUCACAGACGACGAUAAGCCUGAAUUAAUUUUUUUCAAUUAAUUUCAAGCUUCUAUAAAACAUUUCCAAGUGUAUCAGUUUUUUUCUGAAAUCAAAUAUCUAUUGGUAUAAAAAAUAAACAAUUAAUCAGUAUAA